AUGAAGAGGAGAAGAAGGGUUCCUGUUGAAGAAACCCCCUCUGUUUCACAGAAGAAGGCCAAAUCCACUCCUGCCACCUACACAUCAAGGCAAGUGGAUAUGAAGAGCAAGGGAAAACACAAGGUUGUGGAGUCUUCUGACAAGAAGGUGAAGAAGACUGCUGAGAAGAAGAAAAAGAUUCCAAGGGUUGAUCUGGAAUCUGAGUCUGAUAUUGAAGCCGAUGUCCAGGACAUCCUGACUUCUGAGAAGAAUAAAUUUCUGUGGAAGUAUGUUUGCAAGCGUCGAAUUGCAAAGGAAAGGGGGAUUGGCAUUGAUGUGCUUGAGUGUAAGGAAAUUGUUGCUCUUAUUGAGAGGGCUGGUCUGAGGAAGACAGUUCUGGAUAUUGGGAAGUGUUAUGGGAGGCUAGUGAAGGAGUUCCUAGUCAAUUGUCUGAUGAUGAUGUUGGUAUUCCUGGAAGUGCUGAGUUCAGGAAAAGUGAUUGGAGUGGUGAAUUGGAUUCCCUCUCACCAUACUUCUACUAUCUCUGCCAUUCUGGCCAAACUAAUCUACAGAAUUGGGACUGAGAUCCCCUUUCAUUUUGGUUCACUGGUGUUUGCUCAAACCUUGAAGCAUGCAGAGACUUGUGAUGUGAAGCUGCCCAUUUCAUUCCCCUCUCUCCUAACUGCCAUCAUCCUGAAGCAGCAUCCUGAUAUUCUCAGAAUGGAUGAUGUGGCUGUAUCCAAGGGUGCCUCAAUCCCCUUGGAUCAUCGUUUGUUCCUGGACCCUCAUGUCCUAGACAUUGAUAUGCCAUCCCGCAAGACAUCCAUUCCUGUUUUAGUGUCUGCCUCUGAAACUGUUGGUCAAUCUGCAAGUUCAAUGCUUUAG